UAUCAAUUGGUCUAACUGAAGAUAGUUUUCAUAAUUGACACUUCGAUCGCUUCCAAUUAAGCUUAUUUUUCGUGCAUAUGGCCAAGUUGUGCAAUUUUAAACCCCUGGAAUAUGCGCCGGAUAGGAACUUCCCGAGCUUUGACACAGCCAUGGAAGGAUAUGACGAGCAGGAGCUCCCUGGUUCAGUAGCUCUAACCAAACUGUCAAUUGCUUUUUAACAACUUUCUUAACUCUCAACGCAAUAGCAAUUCAUGUCUGGUAAUUCUAUUGACUGUUCCAUAACUAGGUAAUUCACCUACAGCUACUAAGGCAUUCCAAUUGCAAUAUCCAACGGAAAUCAUAACCAAAACUGAUUGCUUUAACUUGAAACCGCACAACUACUCCUAGUCCCUCGUCAAAAAACCCCACGAGAACCUCACACCCACGCCCACAAUGGCAGAACCAACACCAGAACUUCCCACCCAACCACCAACCACAAUAUCCCUCCGCGCGCCCUCCAAAUACCUCUCCGCAGCCUCCAAAGCCAACCCAAUCAGCACCUUAAACGCUCCCUUCGUCACCCCACCCCUCGACUGGCUCCGACGCACCUGGACCGUAACCCACUCAACCCUAUCGAUGUGGCGAUCCGCGCGCAACGUACGUAUCACGUACGCGGCGUACGAGCCCGUGACCGGUGCGAACGACAACCUAGUCGAGUACGAGAAGCGGAGCGGCAAGGGCGGCGUCAAGACUGUUGUCGGGAUCGAGAAGCCGGAUCCGGUUAUACCCGGGGCGUGGACGUGGCGCGGGAAGGGAAUGUUGGCGAUUGCUAGUAGUCAUUGGGAGGUUCUGGGAUGGGGUGAACGACCGUUGGCUGGGGUUGAUGGUGGGGUUGAACGGUGGGCUGUGACGUGGUUUGCGCCGACGCUGUUUACGCAGGAGGGUGUUGAUAUAUACAGUGAUCGGAAGGAGGGUUUGAGUAAGAAGACGGCGGAUGAGAUUAUUCAGGUGUUGAAGGAGUUGAAGGAUGCGCCGAAGGUUGUGGAAUUGGUCGGGAAGCAUAUGCAGGAAGUUGAUAUCAACUUACCGUGGAAGGAGAGAAAAUAGGCUUAGUUGGUCACGGAUGAAGUUUGAAGAUAUUGAUACCCAUGAAGCAGUAGCGUAUUAGAAUUUGAGGAG